GGAAGGAACUGAGGUGGGCAAAGGGAGGAGCUGCCUGGCUAUUUGGGGAGGGGGCUCCUUUUGCCAUACCAAUCUCCCCACUCCCCUUACGCCCCUCCUCUCUUGCCCCAAAACAGGAAGAAAAAGGGGAGGGGUCUUUUCAAGCAGCCAAAAGAUUGGCUCCUAGCUGCUCUUACCACCAGUCCUCGGACGUACGACCAUUCGUUUAGUGACCGUUCCAAGUUAGGACCUCAUGCAGAGGAAGGACGUUUUCACCCGUCACGUCCCCAAAAUUCACUGACUUGUAUUUAUGACGGUGGUAGGGUUGCAGCAGUGUGUGUGUUUGUGUCACACGACCAUCUUAAAUAUGAGUCAGUAGCCGAGCAUCACACAUUUUGCGACCGUCCAACAGGCUGAGUUGAUGCGGCGUAAGCCCGAUUUACUUAACGACCGACAACUGCAGGGAUGUGUUUGAACGAAGGCAGUGCCAGGAGGUCAUACAAUGGAGCAGUGUUCCGCCUUGCUUAGCAGCCAAGAGGUGGGGCUCCUGUUGGUGGUUGUAGGUUUGAGGACCACCCACAUUCUGAAAGGGAAGCCAGGCUCCCUGAAAAUACCGAUUAAUUAAUUAAUUAACGGCCAAGCCCAGAAAGGUCGUAAACGGGAGUGAGAGUCUGUAUUUUGCUUAGCGAUGGGAAAUCGGUCAUAAAUCAAGGACCGCCUGCAUUCAGAAAGGGAAAAUACAAAUUGCCAAAUUAAAAAAAAAACUGAUUGGCAUGCCAACCUCCCCUCCUCCAUCAGCCUCUGCUGUGGACCAUUGGUGGGGUAAUGGCAGGCUGGGUAUUGUCCUCUCUACCUGGGCUGGGCAGGUGCAUCUACCUGGACAGGUGCCAGUGCGGGGUGAGGACCCCUCUCUCCGUUUGGCGCCCGGGCACUGGCGUGGCUGGACAGGACGGGACAACGCCAUGCGUGAGAAUUCCGCCACCACAAUCGCUCUGGGAUCUAACCAUCCCGCCUUCGAACAGGCCAUCAAGGCUGACCAGCGGCUGCAGGAAACAACAGAGAGACCUGGUGGGCCAGAAGACCCAAAGGACCCAGCCAAGAAUUGUCCAGGUGACUGGCUCAUCCGGACAGUGAAAGUGGAAGCUGAGGACUACACAGAGUGGCCGGCAGGGUUGAGCACGGAGGCGCUGCUCUCGGGGCUGCCCCUUGCCAGCGCCUGCAAAUCGGAGGGCCGCAUCCCAGGACCUGAUUACAAGGACGGAGCUGGGCUGGGAGAACUUUCUGGAUUGGCUCUGCAGCAGUGGCAGAUGUUGAGUGAGGACAAGCCACUGGGCUGUCCACGCUGCGAGCACCCGGCGCCACCACUUGGUGGCAGCCUCGGGGACCCCCGCCCACGCCCCUUUGCCUGCCUGCAGUGCGGCAAGGCCUUUGGAAAAAAGGCACACCUGACGCGCCACGCCCGUGUCCACACUGGUGAGCGUCCUUUCGCCUGCACCCAUUGUGGACGCCGCUUCUCGCAAAAGAUUCAUCUGGGUUCACACGAGCGGGUGCACACUGGCGAGCGGCCCUUUCCCUGCGACCGCUGCCCCAAGAGCUUCCGCAAGAAGACCCACUUGGUACGCCACCAGCUGACCCACACUGGUGAGCGGCCCCACGCCUGUACACUCUGCCCCCGCAGCUUCGUCCACCGUCGACACCUGCUGCGCCACCAGCGGCUGCACGAAGAGGAGGUGGCCCGCGUUGGAGACCCUGCAGAGUUGGGACAAGCAACCUCCUCGUAUGGGAACGGCCUGGAGCUAGGCCUAGUGGGGAACGUACCCCCGUCUGGAGAGAACCUGGCUACCUCUGCUGUCUUGGGACAGAACUGCAGGGUUCAGGGCGAUCGUGCACAAGCUAGUUUCCCGUAUGGGCCUGGGAUGGAGCUGGGGAAGUUUCUCCCCUCCUGUGUGGGGCACACGGAGCCCAAUCAGGGCCCCUUCCUCUUUAAGGCCGAGCCGGAGCUGGGUGGGGUCCCAGGUGCAGAGAGGGAGGACCGGCCCCUGGGGGAAGCUUUCCUGGAUCCCGCAAGUUGUAGAGCCCUCUGCGGGGUGCAGACCGUGGAGGGUGCACCGUAUUUGGAGCAGGUCAGCAAGAUCGAACCAGAGGAAGAUGCAGGGACCAGUCAACCACUGGAAGAGAAGCCGUUCCUGUGCUCCGAUUGCGGGAAAGCCUUCGCCUGGCGGAAGAACCUGGCAUCCCACCAGCGGCUCCACGCUGAGGGCGGGCGCCCCUUCUCCUGUGCAGAGUGUGGCCGCGGUUUCAGUGACAAGCGCCACCUGACGGCGCAUCUGCGUGGCCACAUGGGCCUCCUGCCCUACGCUUGUCCCCACUGUGAGCGUAGCUUUGCGCACCGUGCCGGCCUGGCCGCCCACCAGUGCGGGGGCCACACGGGGCAGCGCCCCUUUGCCUGCAAUGAGUGCGGCCGCUGCUUCGCCCACAAACGCCACCUGCAGAGACACUGGCGCAACCAACACUCGGCUGAGCGCCCCUAUGCCUGCGCGCAGUGCGGACGCGCCUUCAGCACCCGGGCCAGUCUGCUGGCGCAUGUCAAAUCCCAUGCCGGGCAGCGCCCCUUUGCCUGCCCUCUGUGCGGGCGUGCCUUCAGCCGCAAAUCGCACCUCGCCCGCCAUGAGGCCGUGCACACGGGGCUGCGACCCCACGCCUGUACCCAGUGUCCCCGCCGUUUCAGCUCCAAGACCAACCUGGUGCGUCACCAGGCGGUGCACACCGGGCUGCGCCCAUAUAUCUGCACCCACUGCGCCCGCAGCUUCAGCCGCAAGACCCAUCUCUUGCGCCACGAGCGCACCCACACCAGUGCCCCGCUGCCCAACACCACUGGUUGGGUGACCGCCAUGUCACAGAGUUCUCUGCUGCAGCCGGCUGAGCAGCGGCCGCCUCUCCUGUUACCCAUGGCUUUGGAAUCUCCCUGGCAGUGAAGGCCCCCUAAAUCCUACCCGCUUUGUGCCAUGGGCAUUUUGUCGCUUCGGUGCCCUUCAUCCAUUUCAAGCAGCUAUUUGGCUACGGGGAGGAAACAUUUUGGUGGCCCAGAAAAAAAGACACAGAUCCUGCAAGCGAAAAAUGACAUUUGCGCAUCCUUGCAAUUUGCAACAUUGUGGACUGUAGAGCAGAGUUCUCCACCUUUCCAGCUUUGGGGACUGGUGUGGCGUGGGAGUCAAGGAUGGUUCCGCGUGAGUGGACGGCACGAGUGGACUGCAAGCUCCUUUUCCACAAGUCGCAGCACGCACCUCCACCGCUCGUGCCAGUAGUGUGCACACCCUCGCCCACUGCUGCUGUGGCCCAGUUGUGAACAGAUCACGGCUCAGUAGCAUGCUGCGACUGUUGUGUUGAGGACCCCUGCCUUGGCGCAUUGAAUGAGCUGAUUUACACCUAAUUUAUUCUGACAGCCAGUCUCAGACAACCCUGUUCUCCCUCUGCCUUUCCAGGUUUUGACGGUUGUGAAUGACACAACCCCGAUCUCUCAUAACCAUGAUUGCAAAAGACACACCACACUUUGUGGAGGGCUGCGAUCCAGAGAUGGCUGACCCAGAGGUGGGGGGGGGGUUUCCCGUACUGAAUCUCUCUCUCUUUUAUUAGCAAAAUACCCAUUAUCGGGUUUUUAAAACUUCGGGUUUUAAAUAAUAACAGAACUCUGUUUUUUUGGGGGGGGUGUAGAAAAAUAAGAGUAGACAAAUCAUUUUAGUAGCAUCAUAAAGCAAAUAUAAAGU